GUGUACAUUCAAAUUAAGACUUCUAUACACAAUAUCUCUAAACAUGUACAAAGUGUUGAUUUUGUCCUUUGCACUUAUCGCAUGUGCCUCAGCACGUCCUGGUUUCGUUGCUGACUCAGCUAUCGUCGAAACUGAAGCUGUAGUCGCUAAAGUGGGCGAAGUUGUUCACAGUGUACCAAGUGCUGUGUCCCAUCAAAGUCAAACAGUUGUACAUGGUCAGACACAUGUUGUCAGCGAUAUUGUUGCACCUGCCGUCGCUGAAGUGAGAACAAUUGCUGCCGCUCCUGCCCCAGUAGUUGCAUCGCUGCCAGUUGCUACCGCUGCUAUUUUGUCACCAAGUGAAAUCUCUUAUCAUGGUGCACCAUUGUUGAAGAGCAUUGCUGCUGCAUCUGCCUUAGCAACACCAUUAGUGCAAACUUAUGCUGCACCAGUUGCAUACGUUCACUAAGGGCUUGAUAAAAUAGCUUGAGUUAAUA